CUUAAUUCUAAUAAAGUUAUUUCUUUUAAUUCAUAGAAACAUUCAACAAUUCUAAAAUUCUAAAAUUCUUAAAAAUGUAAAACAUUUGAUUUAAAAAUGGACAAUUUGAUGCAUUUUAAGUCGCCUCUAAAAUGAUGCUGGAACAUCCAAACCAUAUAUUUUACCAAAUGAAAACGAAAGAAUAUUGGGAUUCUUCUAUGCUCUUGGAUGUAUUAUUAUUUAUCCGCCCUUGUUUUGUCCAAGAAUCAUAUCGCAUCUCGCCAAAUCGUAUUAAAUACCCAACUAAUCAUCGCAAAGAUCAAAAUAAUUACCAUGAUUUUGUAUACGUGUCAACGUCCUCUAAAUUUAACUCGCGUCGAACGGAACAUCUACCUUGUGAGCUUCUGAAAAAUAGAAAAGAUUCAUCGCUCUCGGUACUCUACCACAUAAAACGCGUGAAAAAGAAAUCCAUUUCAUCUUUCACAUUACCCAUUCGAUUAUACACCUUCUACAUGACCUUGUUUUUGUUAUUAACGCCGAUGAAUUAUACGAGUGCAUGUUCUCGUCGAUUUCCCGUAAAAAUGAGACCUCCGAUUGCUUCCCACCUUAUAGGCGACAUUGAAACAAACUUUUCCUUUACCUCUAUUUCAUCCCUUUUAUACUCGUAUAUUUCCACACCACCAUGGGGCACUUUCUUGCUCUCUAAUCAUUCCGUUUGGUCCAAUUCCUCCAACCCUUCAAAUUCGAUUACGAAAAACACAUCUGACCAUUUUUCAACGGGCGUUUACCGAAUAUCUUUCAAUUAUUCUAGUGAAAUAUCACUGAAUGAAACGCUUACUACAAAGCAUAAAGAUUGUAACCAAUCAACUUCCCAUAACCAAAUGCCAUGUGGUCCUAAAGGAUAUUGUCAAGAAGGCCGCUGCUACUGCAAACCGCCCUUUUUUGGUACCGACUGCCAUUAUUACAUAGAGAAAAAUACAAACACGAUUAUGAAAGCUAGUAUAACUAGUGGAUUGAUAGCAGCUCUUUUAUUUGCCGCGACUUUGAUUUUUGGAUUAUAUUUGAUAUUACAACGCAAAAAACGAUCAUCUCACUUAAAACUAACAAUUUCCUCGUCACCAUCAUCAAACAUUAGACAUAAAUCCGCACCUCUUCUACUUCUAGACACAUUUAGUCAUACUAAUACCUACCAUGACUUGAACUUGGUCAAUAAUGUGUAUAGUCACGACCCCCUACUUUUUUCCUAUCAAUCUCAAUCGCCAUCUAAAGGAAAGACAAAAAACGCGUUAAAUCUAUCCCAAAACACAGCUUUGGAUGAUUUAUACGGUCGGUUUAUGCCCAAUUCCCUAGAUGGGACUACUGUUAGCGCUGAUACCACAAAUAUUGAUUUAGAUAGCGAUAAUAGAGGAAGGGAAGGUUUUUUCAGGCCCUUCGGAGCAUCACUUAAAGAAAUACUCAGAUGUAUAUCAUUGAUCGAUUACAAUGUUGAUCAGUAUUCUAUACCUGAAACGAUUAACACUUCACCCAUACCACCUAACCGAAUUUCCAAAAAUGAAGAUAACGAAAAUAGUGAAAGAUAGUUUGAUUUUUGAGAAAUGCCGAAAAGGAUUUAACCGAAGAAGAAGGUUCCUUUUAUAAAACAUACUAAAAAUUCAAAAGUGCAAUAAUUAUUAAAGAAAAUUAAAUCUCCUUAAAUAAAUAUAGGAAAUCUUAUGCAUGGAUUUUAUAUAUUUAUAUAUAUAUAAUAAUAAUAAUAUUUUUUUAAACCAGACUAAAUCUCAUAAUAGUAAUCUCCUAAUAUCUUCUGUUAAUAGUUGUUUUUUUACAUUUACUUUUAUUACUACAUGUUUGUUUCUAUAUUAAUGCCUCGAUUUCAUUUAUAAUGAAGUUUGUUAUAUUUUUAGCUAUGAUUAGAAAUGCAUUGCAGUAUUAUUAAUAUAAUAUAAGACCAACUAUUUCUUUUUUAUCUCAAAAAUUCAACAAAUUAUUACAAAGGUUUUAAUAUAAGAUUUUACAAUAAAAAAGUCUGAACGCCACAAGAAUAUACAUUGCCAUUAACCUUUGAUAUUCCAAUCUAUUUUAUUUCUCUUUUUUCUAUUGUAAUCAUUUUUUAUAAUAUAGGCGGGCCACUGUAUAUUUUAAA